AUGAUCUCAUUAGCGGAAAAGGCAAUGAAUUCUUGCUCGCACGAGGCGCAAACAUCCAAUUCGGACAUUAAGCAGCCAUUCCGCCUUCUCGUACAAGGCCAGCUGUUUGUCAUCGACGCGGCAGUUAUUUCAAAACUUUCCCCUGUAUUCGCCAAAGUAAUUGUUACACCGGACAACGCUACUGGCAGUGAUCACCCAGUUAAGGAGAUAGUGGACGAGAGCAGCAGCGACAUUUCCAAAUUCCUUGACUGCUGCAAUGAUUUUGAUCUGAUUAACGGUCAGCUUUUUUUUUGCGAUAUUUACUGA